AUGAGCCGCAGGGAAUCGAAAUGGAGCUGGACCCACGCCCUCGUCGGCGCCGCUUCCGCCACAGCCGCCUUCGGCCUCCUCUCCGCCAAACCCAAAGAUCCGACCUUCGACCUCAUUUCCAUCGACCUCACCUCCUUCAAGCUCAACCUCCCUCUCCUCGACGCCGACCUCAUCCUCACCGUCCACGUCACCAACCCCAACGUGGUCCCCAUCCACUACUCCUCCUCCACCAUGUCCAUCUUCUACAAAGGCUCCCUCCUCGGCUCCGCUGACGUCAAGGCCGGCUCUCAGUCCGCCAACUCCUGCAAGCUCCUCCGCCUCCCCGCCCGCCUCGACGGCCUCCAGCUCGCCCACCACGCCGCCAGCUUCGUCGCCGACGUCGCCAAGAGGGAGAUGGUGCUCGACGCCGCCGUCGAUAUCGCCGGUGCCGCCAAGGUUCUGUGGUGGGAUCACAAGUUCGUGGUGCACGUGGACAGUCACGUGACAGUUGAUCCUCUCUUUCUUGAUGUCGUUGAGCAGGAAAACAAGUCGGAGUUGGAUCUCUUCGUUUGUUGA